AUGCCACCCAAGCACUGUGACUGUGUCAAAAUCACUCAUCUGUCGGUGCCCCGAGCGUACAUUCUUGCCAAUUAUCAUCGGGAGCUGGGCGACAGUAACGAACUCUUCGGCGGUGGCGGCGGUGGUGGAGCAACAGCGGAAGCCACUCGAAGCCGAACCGUUUACCGAUACGGAGCGGCCGAGGGAAGACUAAACCGACCACCACCUGCCCCAAGGGAUCCGGACGCACGGCGGCACAACGAGCACCUGAUACUGGACUGCGAGUACGAGAUCGAUCCGGACGAAAGCAUGUUCGUGCUGAAAUGGCUCUUCAAUGGCAAAACUAUCUAUCAGUGGAUUCCACCGGAGCGGCCUCCGUUCGGCUUUACGGCCAUGGGUCGACAAAUCAAUCGGACUUUUACCGUCAACGAGAAUCCGAUGCACAAACACCGGGCUCUGGCUUUGGUGCGGCCGCUGAAAAACUUUACCGGCGAGUACACCUGCUCGGUGUCCACGUUCCAGAGCCUCGAUAUGCGGACCGCCCGGAUGGUGAUGAUCGUUCCCGAAACUAAUUUCGUCCUGCGUUACUACACCAACAACAUGAGCAACCUCGUAAUGGUACUAUGUAGUGUGUACGGAAUCUCCCCCGAACCGGAACUGACACUCUGGAUCAACGAGUACCGGCUGGAGAAUGUCACCGUGAACACGCUGCUUACACAGGCAGACCUCUACGACAGUUCCGUCAGCAUACACCUGGUCCUGUACGAGCGAAUCCAGCAGGACGAUGUCAUCAAAUGCACCCUCGGUGUGAAAGACACCGACUACAGCAAAACCAAAGAAACUGUGUUCAUUGAUAUAAAUAGGGAGCCAUUAGCAGAACAGAACUCCAUUUUCGACCACAUAAGCUCCACCACCCAUGAACCGUCAAGUUCUUCUAAGGAAAGCACUUCAUACUCCAGCACGAGUUCAACUGCAUCGCCCAGCCCCGGCAUUGGUGUCCACGAACCGACACCAGCCACAACAUUCCCCUCGGACUUCACCAGCCCCACCAGUAGAUUCUCCAACGAAGUCUACAAGGAAGCGGACGCCGUGAAGCAUCCAUCCGCAGUAACCGUGUCUGCUCCAACGGCCCGAGUAGUCCAGCAUCACUUCGCCCCUUCACUGCAGCCGGCGGUCGUUCGGUUGAAGCCUACACCGCCUCGGAUUUUCACGGCCGGUGGAGAGCACCCGAGCAGCGCGGAUUCCGACGAAGUGACCAACGUGGUGAACUUCAAGGAGGUCUUCAACGAGAACAUGCUCUACAGCAGUGGCGCCAGUGGAGCACUUCGAGGCGGAAUCCUCCAGCGAUACUCCUUUGGAAGCGCCGCCGCCGCGUUCGUCCUGACGAUGAUGAAGAUGAUGAUGAUGAUGCUGGGGAGCAGGCUGUAAUAUAUACGACCAAAGCGAACAACUCCGUGAAACGUGGUUCACCUCACGAUGCCAAUUCCGGUGCCAUGUUAGAGAAAUUGGGCGGCGACGGCGAAGAGUUGUACAGAGGAAACCGGAAGAAGCAGAGCAACUAGCGCGGAAAGGGUUUUGGUUUCGGAACCACGCGGGAUUUUUCUUUCGUUUUUAUCGCAUGUGUGGAUGUGCGCGCCUUGGUGCUCUUUCCGUUCGUCGUCGUAACAUACGUUAACUAGAUAAGGGAUAAGACCAGUGCAAGAGAAAGAGAGGGAGAGACAGCCAAACUCGAUUAAACUUUUGCGGCUUUUCGGAUUCUUUUUUUUUUUGAUCGGGACAUGGAAAAACGGAAUAAAACAAAAGAAAUUAUGUGCGGGCACUGACUGGAUCUUCUCCCGACGGAUGGGGCUGUGAAGGGGUAAUGGGAUUUACUACCCUUGGGAAGAUUUCGAAUGGAGUGUUCCGUUAAAGCCGCUUGAAGUAUGUGAUAAAAUGACAUACGUUAGGCGACGGUUGAAGGAACUUUGGGUAAGGGGCGGGGGUAAGCUCGAAAUUAGAAUGGUAACGAAGUUGUUCACGUUACGGAUCAAGAGGAUUACAUGUACGUUGAUGACAGAAGGUAAAAUCGGGCAGACGCACGUGUACGAGAUAUAAGGAAGAAGGCUGAGUGGAGCUGAUGGAAGGUGAUUUCAUUCGUUUCUCGAAGUGUUUCGGUUAUGCUCUGAAUCAAUAAUUGAAUUUAAGUACCGUUUUGAUUCAUAUUACGGACACUUAAGGCCUCAGUGAAGUAUAACUCAGC